AAACAGACGCUUGCCAUUCUCGUUCGCCCCAUUCUGGUUCUUUUAGGCGGGAGACCUAGGAUUUUUCGGCCUGAUCAGGGGGCGGGGCGCAGGCGGAACCUUCUGAGCUGCUCCGCCCCAUCCCUCUGUCUAGAGAAAGGGGGAGAGCACCACCCAGCAGCCAUUGGGUUCCCGCGAGUCCUGUGUCUCGUGCGUCGCAAAACCAGGACCCCACAGCAUGGCUGUCAAGAAGAUCGCGAUCUUCGGCGCCACUGGCAGGACCGGGCUCACCACCCUGGCGCAGGCGGUGCAAGCAGGUUAUGAAGUGACAGUGCUGGUGCGGGACCCCUCCAGGCUGCCGCCAGAGGGGCCCCAGCCAGCCCACGUGAUAGUGGGGGAUGUCCGGCAAGCAGCCGAUGUGGACAAGACUGUGGCUGGGCAGGACGCUGUCAUUGUGCUGCUGGGCACCGGCAAUGACCUCAGUCCCACUACCGUGAUGUCCGAGGGCGCCCGGAACAUUGUUGCAGCCAUGAAGGCUCAUGGAGUGGACAAGGUCGUGGCCUGCACCUCGGCCUUCCUGCUCUGGGACCCAGCCAAGGUGCCCCCACGUCUGCAGGACGUAACCGAUGACCACAUCCGGAUGCACAAGGUGCUGCAGGAGUCUGGCCUGAAGUACGUGGCCGUGAUGCCACCACACAUAGGGGAUCAGCCGCUGACUGGGGCCUACACAGUGACCCUGGAUGGACGAGGGCCCUCAAGGGUCAUCUCCAAACAUGACCUGGGCCACUUCAUGCUGCGCUGCCUGACCACUGAUGAGUACAAUGGGCACAACACCUAUCCCUCCCACCAGUAUGACUAGGCCCCCGGCCUUGGCUGGAAGAAUGGCAUUCUGGGAAAGGAGGGGCAGAGAAGGGAGCAAUAAAUCGUGAGCUAUGGGCUUCAGGGUUGUUUUCCA